AUGAUUUACGCUCCCAUCUUGUUUUUUUCUGGUUCUUCAUGGCAGGCGCGGGCGGUCAACAUGGGGGGCUUCAAACGGGUUAUGAAGCGUCUCAGCCCUAGCAAAAAUCUUAUGCCGAUUGCUGCUGACCCCCCUAUCUGUGCAGAAGCGCCACAAGUCAAUCUCCCGCAUGUGGACACGCAAUUGAAUAUGCACCAGCACAACGGAUUCCUCGACAACGAAUCAGCCACCGAAGGCCAGUAUGGAAACUACAGUCAGGCCUCCUCGUCUCCUCCGAACCCCCCGAACCCUUCCUCGCCCCCUGUCGACACGAAUGGCGAUGCUCCCACAUCAGAAUGGUCAGCAGUCGGCCAUGCAGCGACAGGGAAAUCAGGACGCGUUAUCCACAAUCUCCAGGAGGAAAUAGCACGUUUAACGCGCGAAUGCACGCUCUACAGGUCCCGCGCGGAGGAGUACCAAGAAACCAAUGAAGCCUACAAGAUCCAGCAACAAAACAUGACGGAGCGCCUACGGAACCUAGAGCAAGUCAACGAGACCAGCCUCACCUCAAUUGCACGAAAAGACCGAAAGCUUGAGGAACUGAGAGCGGAGCUCCAGCACGAGCGCAGCAAGCGACAGGGCAUGGAAACAGACGCAAGCCAGAUCAACGAGACGAUGCGUGAGGAGCGAGAGAACCACAAUCGCGAACAAGCCCGGUCACUAGAGAUCGCCAAGCACUACGAGACGCAGUACGAGGUCCUAUCCAACGCGAUGAAACGCGACAAGGUGGAGUUAGAAAAACGCCUCAAUACCAUCUGGGCUGAGUUCACGACUAUUGCCAACGCGCAGAAAACACAUAUACACCACACUGAGCGCCUAGAGGCUCUUGCAGAUCAGAAGAAGAGGGAGUUCGACUCCCUCAAGGAAUCUUAUGAGAAGCUGCUCGCCCAGCACUCUGCAUAUAAGAAACUGAAGGAAAACGACUUCCGCAAAACGAUUGAAUCGGCCAAAUCCAACAACGAUUUGAUCGCUGGUGUUCUGGCUCAGGUCAAGGAGACCGAGACGGACAUGAAAUGGGCGAUCCGGCUCAACAAAAGUCGCCAAAGCACCGAUUGA